AUGAAGAAAGCACAAGUUGUGUUUAUCCCUUCUUCUAGUUUGAGCCAUCUAGCUUCCACCCUUGAAUUCGCCAAGCUUUUAAUCGACCGUGAUAACCGUCUCCGAAUAACCGUUUUACUUAUGAAACUCCCAAACAACUCAGAAGCUGAGUCAUACAUUGAUUCCCUUCCCAUCUCCGGUUCUCUCCUUGUCAUCAACCUUCCACAAACUUCAGUUCCACCAAACACGGAUCGAGCUUCCGCCAUGAUCGCUCUCGUCGAAUCUCAAAAACCAAACGUCAAACAAGCCGUCUCUAACCUCACUGCCGAAGAACAACAACAUGGACCCCUCGCUGCCUUCAUUGUUGACAUGUCCUGCACCACCAUGAUUGAUGUUGCUAAAGAAUUUUCCGUGCCUUCGCUAGUUUUCUUCACUUCCGGUGUUGCUUCCCUUGGUUUGAUGCUUCAUCUUCACACUCUGUUUGAACGAGAUAACUUUGAUUCGACUCAGUUACUGCAGCGGAACGAGUUAGCCGUUCCGAGUUUUGUCAACUCGGUUCCUGUAAACUCGUUUCCAAGUUCUGUGCUACACAAAGAACGGGAGUCGUUUUUCAUGAGCUAUGUAGGAGGCCUCAAGAAACCAAAUGGCAUUAUAGUAAAUUCAUUUGAAGAGCUUGAAUCACAUGCGGUUCAAUCCUUUUUCUCUCAUCCUGAUCUAGCAGGCUUACCAACUAUAUAUCCGGUAGGGCCUUUAUUAAACCCCCAGCCCAAAACAAAGGGCACCGUUGAUUCGGAUGAUAUCAUCAAAUGGCUUGAUGAUCAACCUCCUUCUUCGGUAGUUUUCCUCUGCUUCGGGACCAGGGGUUCUUUCUAUGCAGACCAAAUCCAAGAGAUAGCACAUGCUAUUGAGAAUAGUGGAGUUCGUUUCUUGUGGUCUCUAUGUAAACCCUCACUGAAAGGCGUUAUGCCCGUGCCCUCUAAUUAUCCACUUUCAGAUUUGGUUUCGCUUUUACCCGAAGGAUUUUUAAAUCGGACGGCUGAAAUUGGAAAGGUCGUUGGUUGGACUCCACAGACUCAAAUACUUGCUCACCAAGCUAUAGGAGGAUUUGUUUCGCACUGUGGUUGGAAUUCUAUCCUGGAGAGCAUAUAUUUUGGUGUGCCUAUUGCCGCGUGGCCUCUUUAUGCGGAACAACAGACAAAUGCGUUUGAAUUGGUGUUUGAGCUGAAAAUAGCUGUGGAGAUUGCAUUGGAUUAUAGGGUGGAGUUUAAUGGUGAGCAUAGUUAUCUUUUAACUGCAGAUAAGAUUGAGAAAGGAAUAAAGAGUGUCAUGGAAAAAGAUGGAGAGAUAAGGAAGAAAGUGAAAGAGAUGAGUGAAAAAAGUAGGAAGACUUUGUUAGAUGGUGGAUCUUCCUACACUUAUUUAAGUCAUUUGAUUGAUUAUAUUAUGAAUCAAGUAUGA